AUGGUGUAUCUCCUCCUAUCAGCCGGGUCGCUAGUAUUUAUGGCAGUCUACGCGUUCGACUUUUUCUUCCACAAAUCCGGUCAUAUGUUCGUUGGGCUGUCGUGGCUGAUGUCAACGAAGUGGGCGAGCAUAGUGGAAGCUCUUCUGUUGGGUAUCUGGGGUGUCGCUUCUGUCUACUUCCUGAGCAUGGCAAUUACCGAUGAUGGGCAAGUUGUCGGCAAUGCAGCAGAAGAGUCGAUGUGCUUAGACAGCUCGAUGACCACUCCAAAGCGAACGGGCCGCCCAUUCCUUGAGAACCUGGCCUUCUCGGUCACUCGUCCAUCGGCGUGCUCGCCUCUGUACAACUACCGUCAAUCACAAGUCUCGACGCCGAGCGCCUCUCCAUCGACCAGCAUUUCGGCUUUGCCGAGCUAUGCUUCCAAGCCUCAGACUGCCAUCAAUCCUUACAAACGAAUUGUACCUGUCGUCUCCACAAGCCAAGUUGAUUCGCUGCUCGAGUCUUCAAAUUAUUCGCCAGAGGUCAGCAUCCACGAACCAGUUAAGGAAACGACUUUCGAAAGCCUACUGUCGGAAGAGGUGAUGCGUCCCCGUGGGCGGGACCCAAAGGAACGUUUCGUCGAAAUCCUCCAGGGUACCAGUGACAAGAAGCAGGAGGCUCCACGCCCAGUCCCGCGCAUGGUCUUUCCAACCCGACGUCGUCGCUCGUCGUCUCCUCCAGGUGGUGGAAUACCUCCCGCGUAUGCCUAUCUCUUCUCGGGACAUGCCGAAAAUUUCAUCAAUGCCAUGUUCCCCGAUGAGGACAUGGAGGCCCUCGAGCCGCUUCUUGAACAUUGGAUGAGGAAUACAAUCUACAUCCCCGUCGGAAAUGCCAUCAAAGAGCUCAAUAUCAUGCUUCAACAGAAACACCCCGGCUAUAAGAUCGGACAGACGAGAGUCGAACUGAUUUCUCGACUGCUCGAGAAGAACCCCGAGCUCUCAGAGACAAAGUUGCCCUUUGUUUUGCCAUACCUGCAGUUGUGCUGGUGCCAGGAAAAUGUCAUCGCGGAUUUUAAUCACGCACAGCUUAACAUCUUUCCGCGAGCUCGGUUCCCAGGUGGCAGCGGUAAGAGGCGUUCGGACAAUGCGCUGAGGUUCCAUACCUUUGCAAUAUAUAUGGAUCAGGCGGUGUCUUCAUUGAUGAAUGCUGGCCCAAAGGUUUUCUCCGAAACCUACAUCAUCCCAACUGGCGCUUCCCUCACCAGCCCGAAGCGUGAACUCUAUGCAAUUGCCUUCCAAUGGAACGACCCGAGCGAAGAAGUUUUGAACGUGUUUGCGUUUGGCGAAGAUGGCGAGCCGAUCAAGCUCCCGGUGACGCCUUACUACUGCCGGAAUAUCAACCACGCCAUCAUCACCUUCAUAAACCAUAUUAAGUUCUUCCUUGACGGCUGCAUCAUUGGCGGUCUGUCGAUCGACAAAGUAGGGUUGAACCUGGAGAUGUUGCUCCAAGAUGAGGUC